AUGACUUUAGAUCCAAUCGAUUGGAAAUCAACACGUGAACAAGCACAUCAAAUGCUUGAUAUAGCAUUAGAUGUUCUUGAAAAAUCUCGUGAAAAACCCGCAUGGUUACCACUACCAACAGAAGUUCAACAACAUCUCACAAAAGAAAAUUUACUAAAAGAAGGAAAAAGUUUAAAAAAAGUUUGUGAAGAUAUGACGAAAGAUGUUUUAUCUUCUUGUGGUGAUAAUACACAUCCAAGAUUUUGGGGUUGA